AUGGAGCAUCUCCAAAUGCGCGCCAAUGCGGCAGAGCGAGCCGCGCAUAAAGCAAAAGAUGCUUUGGAGGAAGCGCGCGACAUAAGUUCACAUCUUUCAGCCAAACUAGAAGACUACGAAGAGAGACUCGCAGGAAUGCGUCGAGGUCGGGAGUACGAUGCGCUGCGUCGCAAGUAUGACACCUUGCAAGAUCGCCUGAUCGCCAGCCGAACAGAUGUCCGCCGCGCACUGGAUGCGGCUGCCAAGCUGUCACAGAAACACCUCGAUCUACUUGAUCGUAUUUGCGAAGCYGAGGAUGCACAGAAGCCCAAUGGAAGCCGAGCUCCUUACGAAGACGAAGAGCCUGUAAGACGCCACCCGAGAUCAAGACAUACCUAUACCACGCGAACCACUUACCACUAUGGACCUGUACAUGGAGAGCAACGAGAAUCUAGCCCGGAGUCUAGUGAUAGCCCCACAUACGAGUACGAGCACGCCAGGCACCGGCACCGGCACAGGCACAGGCACGAACAACGCAGUCGCUUCGAUGACUACGAGGAGGACUACAUUACCGAAGAACAUGUUCCCCACCGGCAUCGUGGACGUUCGGAGUCUUCUGGCCGCUAUUCUGAGGAAGCCUUCAUGCCUAGCAGCCGCGGCUAUCAUCCAGGGUAUAGUCCUCCUACUCCUGAUCGCAGCCAACACUACUAUCACCCUGGGUUUGCACCUUUUGAACGUGAUGAGCAUUAUUUCUUUACUACAGAAGAGCACAUCCCUCGAUCCGAACACCAUCGUGAUCACGAACCACACGGGGAUCACCGUCAACAUCCUCCUAGAGGUCACCAUACGCAUUCCGAGUCCCGUCAAUAUGGUCAUCAUGCGCCUGAUCCCCAAUUCACUACCGAAGAUCACACUCCUCGAAGAUCACAUCGCGAGUACAACGAAUGGCCUGAGAAAAGCCAUCGAGAGUCCGCCGGGGACGAUAGGUCAGGCCACCGUUCCAGCCGCUCAACCCCUCGCCCUGAGAACGGCCGCAGAGAAGAGUACUCUGAGAGUCGUUCUGGACGCUCUGCCCCUCCUCAGUYCCGAAACAGGGCUCCCCAAACUCCCAAGCUUCCCUCUCAGCAAACUGUGGACAGCUGGUGGAAGUAUGCUAACCAAUGUUUUAAAGACUACUCGAAAAUCAAACAGUUCCCGAUACCUCCGGCCUUGAGCUGUGGCAGUCUCGACUGCGAUGCCGCAAGCUCAACCCGACCUUUCGCCGCGUGUGAACACACCAUUCGGACCAGCUUUGGCAUGGUGCCGAAUCUCAACGUCAAACGUGAGCGCCUGAGGUGGCAUCCUGAUAAGUUCACUGCGUGUCCUGCGAAUCUCCGUGAUAAUUUCCAGAAAAUGGCUUCUGAGAUUUUCAUUGUUCUUGACAACAUGCAUAAGGAAGUAUAG